AGCCGAGGUUGCCGGAGAAGAGCACGGCUGGGCCGUCUUCCCGAGAGCGGGCGGCAGGAGGCGCUGGCGCGUCCGCUCUAACGGGCUACUAUGAGCUCCCUGCCGAAACGAGUCCCUCAUUCCCGCGGCCGAGGCACUAAGAAACGGAGGGACGGACGCGCGCGAGCGCUCAGCUCCUCCUUUCGCGGCUGAGCAAAGUAACUCCGAUGGAGUAACGAGCAGCCGCGAUCGCAGCAGCCGCCAGCACCGGGCUUGAGCUUGCGCCCGGAGGGGGCGGGCGGGAGAGCACCGCCGUCCAGCCAGCAAAGAAGAGAAGAGAGAGAAAAAAACAACUGUUGCCUUCCUUUCUUCUUUCUUUCCUUUCCGACCAGGCAACAGGAAUCUCCGGGAAGACGGCUCUGGGCAGAGACCGCCUGAGCAGAGAGACUCCGGGUAAAGUUAUCCAAACUCGCUAUGGCCCCGGAGGCUGGAGCCGUCGGUUUACUGGCGGUGAUCGUCUCCUUCGUCGCGCCCUCGGCUGCCUUCCUGGGAGCAGCUCGUGGCCAGUUCUCGGCAGGAGGUUGCACCUUUGAAGAUGGCCCGGGCCCCUGUGAUUAUCAUCAGGAUCCCUAUGAUGAUUUUGACUGGGUCCAUGUUAGUGCUCAAGAGCCUCAUUACCUCCCUCCUCAGAUGCCUCUUGGUUCCUACAUGAUAGUCGACUCUUCACACCACAGCCAUGGAGAAAAAGCUCGACUUCAACUUCCUACCAUGAAAGAGAACGAUACCCACUGUGUUGAUUUCAGCUACCUUUUGUAUAGUAAGAAAGGGACAAGCCCUGGGACUCUGAACAUCUUGGUUAGGGUGAACAAAGGUCCUCUGGCAAACCCCAUUUGGAACGUGACUGGCUCCACUGGCAAAGACUGGCUACGGGCAGAACUGGCUGUCAGCACCUUCUGGCCAAAUGAAUACCAGGUAAUAUUUGAGGCUGAAGUCUCAGAUGGGAGAAAUGGCUACAUUGCCAUCGAUGACAUCCAGGUUCUGAGCUACCCUUGUGAUAAAUCUCCUCAUUUCUUGAGACUGGGGGAUGUAGAGGUCAAUGCAGGUCAGAAUGCAACAUUUCAGUGCAUUGCUACAGGAAGGGAUGCAGUGAAGAACAAGUUAUGGCUGCAGAGACGCAAUGGAGAAGAUAUUCCAGUGGCCCAAACAAAAAACAUAAAUCACAGACGUUUUGCUGCUACCUUUAAACUUCAGGAAGUAACAAAAACAGAUCAGGAUUUAUAUCGCUGUGUUACUCAGUCUGAGAGAGGAUCUGGAGUUUCCAACUUUGCUCAACUUAUUGUUCGAGAACCUCCUAGACCAAUAGCUCCCCCACAAUUGCUUGGUGUUGGACCAACUUAUCUGCUCAUUCAGCUGAAUGCAAAUUCCAUUAUUGGGGAUGGACCUAUCAUCCUAAAAGAGGUGGAAUACCAUAUGACAACAGGGACCUGGACCGAAACGCAUGCUGUCAAUGCACCAACAUAUAAGCUAUGGCAUUUGGACCCAGACACAGAAUAUGAGAUUCGUGUUCUUCUAACUAGGCCAGGAGAAGGUGGCACAGGUCAGCCAGGCCCUCCGCUGAUUACCCGAACCAAAUGUGCAGAGCCUAUGAGAACACCCAAGACUUUAAAAAUUGCCGAAAUCCAGGCACGUCGUAUUGCCGUGGAUUGGGAAUCCCUAGGUUACAACAUCACUCGCUGCCAUACCUUCAAUGUGACCAUCUGCUACCAUUAUUUCCGUGGCCAUAAUGAAAGCAAGGCUGACUGCUUGGACAUGGAUCCCAAAGCACCGCAGCAUGUUGUGAAUCACCUGCCUCCUUACACAAAUGUGAGCCUCAAAAUGAUUUUGACAAACCCUGAAGGACGGAAAGAGAGCGAGGAGACCAUUAUUCAAACGGAUGAAGAUGUGCCUGGCCCUGUGCCUACAAAAUCAUUAAAAGGAACUCCCUUUGAAGACAAGAUCUUCUUAAAUUGGAAAGAACCAAUGGACCCAAAUGGUAUCAUCACCCAAUAUGAGGUCAGUUACACCAGUAUACGAUCCUUUGAUCCUGCAGUUCCAGUGGCUGGGCCACCUCAAACAGUGUCAAAAUUAUGGAACAGUACACAUCAUGUGUUCCCCUAUCUACAUCCCGGGACUACCUAUCAGUUUUAUAUAAGAGCCAGCACUGUCAAAGGUUUUGGACCAGCUACAGCCAUCAAUGUAACUACCAAUAUUUCAGCUCCCACAUUACCAGACUAUGAGGGUGUUGAUGCCUCUCUCAAUGAAACAGCAACAACCAUAACUGUACUUCUGAGACCAGCACAAGCCAAAGGAGCACCUAUCAGCGCCUAUCAGAUUGUUGUUGAAGAACUGCAUCCUCAUCGAACCAAGCGAGAAACCGGUGCAAUGGAUUGCUACCAGAUUCCUGUCACAUAUCAAAAUGCUCUGAGCAAUGGCUCACCCUAUUAUUUUGCUGCAGAAUUGCCUCCUGGCAAUCUUCCAGAAGCAGCACCUUUCACAGUUGGUGACAAUAGAACUUAUCAAGGCUUUUGGAACCCACCUUUGGUGCCUCGGAAAGGGUAUAAUAUCUAUUUUCAAGCCAUGAGCAGUGUUGAAAAGGAGACCAAAACUCAGUGUGUUCGAAUUGCUACUAAAGCAGCUGCAACAGAAGAACCAGAAGUUAUUCCAGACCCAGCCAAGCAGACUGACCGCGUAGUGAAAAUAGCAGGAAUAAGUGCUGGAAUCCUUGUCUUCAUUCUCAUCCUCCUCCUUGUCAUAUUAAUUGUCAAAAAAAGGAGGAGCUACUAUUCUUACUCCUACUACCUUAAACUGGCUAAGAAGCGCAAGGAUGCCAUGGGAAACACCAGACAAGAAAUGACCCAUAUGGUGAAUGCCAUGGAUCGGAGUUAUGCUGAUCAAAGCACCAUCCAUGCAGAAGAUCCUCUUUCAGUCACCUUUACAGAUUGUCAUAACUUCAACCCCAGAUUGCCCAACGAUCCACUUGUGCCGACUGCUGUGUUAGUCCCUAUAAGUGAUGAAAACCACAGUGCAACAGCAGAGUCAAGUCGUCUAUUAGAUGUGCCUCGUUAUCUCUGCGAAGGAACAGAAUCCCCCUACCAAACUGGCCAACUGCAUCCUGCUAUCAGAGUAGCGGAUUUGCUGCAGCAUAUUAAUCUCAUGAAAACAUCUGACAGCUAUGGUUUCAAAGAAGAAUACGAGAGUUUCUUUGAAGGACAAUCAGCUUCUUGGGAUGUGGCCAAAAAGGAUCAAAACAGAACGAAGAAUAGAUAUGGGAACAUUAUAGCAUAUGAUCACUCCAGGGUGAUAUUACAAGCUGUGGAAGAUGAUCCUUCUUCAGACUACAUUAAUGCUAAUUAUAUUGAUGGAUACCAGAGACCAAGCCACUACAUUGCAACCCAGGGGCCAGUGCAUGAGACAGUCUAUGAUUUCUGGAGAAUGAUAUGGCAAGAACAAUCAGCCUGCAUUGUUAUGGUUACAAAUUUAGUUGAAGUGGGCCGGGUUAAGUGCUACAAGUAUUGGCCUGAUGACACGGAGGUUUAUGGGGACUUCAAAGUUGCUUGUGUGGAAGUGGAACCACUUGCAGAAUAUGUUGUCAGGACAUUCACCCUUGAAAGGAGAGGAUACAAUGAAAUCCGUGAAGUUAAACAGUUCCAUUUUACUGGCUGGCCUGAUCAUGGAGUACCUUACAAUGCAACAGGCCUUCUUUCAUUUAUACGCCGUGUAAAACAAUCUAACCCCCCAAGUGCCGGGCCUAUUGUUGUGCAUUGCAGGUGUGUAGAAAAGAGUGCUGGAGCUGGGCGAACUGGAUGCUAUAUUGUAAUUGAUAUCAUGUUAGACAUGGCAGAAAGAGAAGGUGUUGUAGACAUCUACAACUGUGUCAAAGCCUUACGUUCUCGCCGCAUCAAUAUGGUACAAACAGAGGAACAGUAUAUCUUUAUUCAUGAUGCCAUCCUGGAAGCCUGCUUAUGCGGAGAAACUGCCAUCCCAGUUUGUGAAUUUAAAGCUGCAUAUUUUGACAUGAUUCGAAUAGACUCUCAGACAAACUCUUCACAUCUUAAAGAUGAAUUCCAGACCCUGAAUUCUGUGACUCCUCGGCUACAAGCUGAAGACUGCAGCAUAGCAUGCUUGCCAAGAAAUCAUGACAAAAACCGCUUUAUGGAUAUGCUGCCACCUGACAGAUGUCUGCCUUUCUUAAUUACUAUUGAUGGUGAGAGCAGCAAUUACAUCAAUGCUGCCCUUAUGGAUAGCUACAGACAACCUGCUGCAUUCAUUGUCACGCAGCAUCCUCUGCUGAACACUGUGAAAGAUUUCUGGAGAUUGGUCUACGAUUAUGGCUGUACCUCUCUCGUGAUGUUAAAUGAAGUUGAUUUAGCACAAGGUUGCCCACAAUAUUGGCCAGAAGAAGGAAUGCUCAGAUAUGGUCCUAUACAAGUUGAGUGCAUGUCCUGCUCCAUGGAGUGUGACGUAAUCAACAGAAUUUUCAGGAUAUGCAAUUUAACAAGGCCUCAGGAAGGUUACCUGAUGGUUCAGCAAUUCCAGUAUCUGAGUUGGGCACCUCAUAGGGAUGUGCCAGGUUCCAAGAGGUCAUUCUUAAACUUAAUUCUUCAAGUGGAAAAGUGGCAAGAAGAAUGUGAAGAAGGGGAAGGGAGAACCAUAAUUCAUUGUCUGAACGGCGGUGGACGAAGCGGGAUGUUUUGUGCCAUAGGCAUUGUAGUGGAAAUGGUUAAAAGGCAAAACGUCAUUGAUGUUUUCCACGCAGUAAAAACUUUACGGAACAGUAAGCCUAACAUGGUAGAAACACCGGAACAAUAUCGUUUCUGCUAUGAUGUUGCACUGGAGUACCUUGAAUCAUCUUAAUACGGAAGGAUAAAUACAAUCAAGUGAACCAAAUAAUAUGAAAUUUAAUAAACUGUGUUUUGGCAUCCUCUAUUGAACCUAUGAAGAAAUGUUUUAGUGAAGGGGAAAGUUAAUUUUUAAAUGCAAAAGUAUUUUUCUUAAUAAAUGGUGUAUAUGGACUGUUGUUCUGUCCCUGUACACAAUCUGAAUAUAGUGCCACAAAAAUGAAUUAAGAGUCAAGGCAGAGCACAUCUGCUAUUCAAAGUAAAACUUUCCAGUGUUUGCAUAUUCUGCAGUCUCUCGGCUACAUUAGUCCUGUCAUCUGUUGCAUGUAUCUGUUCCAGUGAAUGUUUUAUUUCAGACUUGUUCUUAAUUUCAUACUGUUAAAAGUUUUUAAAAAUACUGUAUACAGAUGGAUAAUCUGUAGGUUUUAUGUGCUGCAAGAAUAUAUAUAUAGAGAGAGAGAUACAGCCACACAUACCACAAACAUUUAAAAAAUGGCAUAUUUUGUUUUACUGUGCAAUGACAGCCUGAUAAAAGUUCUUUAUAAAGAAAUUCAACAUAAACCAAAGACUCAAGUGUAAAUAUGUUUAUAUAGGAAAGAAAGCACAUUGUAUUUAUUGUUUACUGACAUUCCUUUUAUGAUGGUUGGACAGAACCAUUUUUUCUUAGAAACAUUGUUGCCGAAAUCAAGUGUAAAUGAUUUUUGUAGAUUAUUUUUUGUAUGUAUUGUGUAAGUAGAAGGAGAGAGAAUGAAAAGAUCUUUUAUGGAUAAACCAGAAAACAUUAAUAUACUUUUUUGGUUGGUGUGUGUACACGCUUAUGAAUGAAAUUCAUGUAAACAAGAAAAAGAAACCAAACGUAAAACUUCUUUCCCAGACUAUAUAGGGUUUUUUUUUCAGUUUAUAGUAAUAAGAAAUCAAAUAGAAACUGCACAUAUAUAUAUCUUUGAGAAUUUCAUUAAUUUUUUUAAGGAGUAAGUGGGUUAAUAAUGAAUGCUUGACACACAGAGCAAGUACAAAAAUAAAUAAAAAUGCAAGUUAAUAACAUUUAUUUUAAUGUUUACAGUUGAGGCACAAGUUCUAGGCCACCACACCAUGCAUUGUUCCUUUCUGUAAUACUGGAGGAGUCUUUUGAUCCUGAGUUGUGACUUCCCAGCUGAGCCAAGAAAUCCGCUUUGGUCAAAGGCUCCAAAGAAGCUCCAGUUUUUCUCCCAGUGGUAGUCUAGAUUUGUGGAAAUGGUAGCUUUGUGUUCUGACAAAGCCAAAAUGGAUUGAAUCAAUUCAAGAGUUAGGUGAUAGCUUUGGUAUGUUUUUUACUUUGCUCUUCAUAUGCACAUUCAUAAGCCUGGACAUAUUUUCAUAAUGAAAAAGCAUUUACUGUGUCCUGUUGAUUUUUUUUAUCAAGAGUAAAUGAUAAAGUGCUGAUAAAUAUUCAUGUAAAAUAAGAGUGAAUUAAAGAGGUUUUAUAAAAUA